UGCGGCGGCCGCCAUCUUGCGUACGGAGGUGCGGCUUGUUGCCCCAUAUCCUGACGGUGGGGCGUUUAGCCCCUACAGCUUUCUGCUUUGUGGCGGUGUGUCAGCGUUUCCUUCACCUUCAUUAAGAUGUCUUAUGGUGAAAUUGAAGCUAAAUUCUUGGGACCCGGAGAAGAACUCACAAGUGAACCAUCCUACAAAAAGUUGAAGUCAACUGAAGAGGCUUAUGUUUUCCCUGAUCAUGGUAGUGCUUCUUUUCACAGAAUCCAAGAGAAAACUGUAAAUAUUCGGCACCCUGUGGCCAUCGUUGAUGCCAGAGGACAUGAUUAUCCUCAGGAGGACAAAAUCCAAAGUACAGAUUUGCUGAAACCUGUGCAUGAUAGACUAGAUGUUAUUGUAUCCACUGGUUCACAAAUUAUACAGGAGGGAAACUCUUCAUUAAUAUCCAGAGAUGAUGAGAUAUAUAGCACAAGUAAGGCAUUUAUAGGACCCAUUUACAAACCCCCUGAGAAAAGGAAAUGUAAUGAAAAGAGAAAUAAGGCAGAUACUCUCAAUGGUGUAAAUGAUAAAGGAAGACAAGAGGAGAAACAGAAGUUUAGUUCCAAAAAAUCAGAGAUUGACACAGAAUUAACCCAAUUUUACAAAGAAAUUGAAGAACUUGAAAAUGAAAAAGAUGAUUUGGAAGUCAGUUGUAAGGAACUUGAACCUUCUCAGGAACAACUUAUUCCAUAUUACCAGGGCCAUAAAAAUGAUGUCUUAAAAUCUGAUGAAGAAGAUAAAGAUCUUAAGAAUGCUCUUGAGUCACAUUGUGGUUAUCAACAGUACUUGGGGAGUGAGCCAGGCAAAUACACGUGUGAUGGACAAGUUAUUCCUGCAUUUUGUGAUAUUUCAUUUACUUCCUUCAGGCCUGAAUGGCAAUCGACACAUCCUUUUAUAGUACCUCAUGGUCCUCCUCUUCCCACUUUUAACUAUCAUUUAAAUAUUGAAUCAUUCAGUGCUCCUCUAAAUCCACCAUCAAAUGUUUUCCAUGCCCAAGAUGAAUCUCACAUGCAAAAUGGGUAUGAUGUACAUAGUUGUCAUGUUAACUGGAAUUGUUUGACUUUUGAUCAGAACAAUGAAUAUACUGACUAUAGUGAGAAUAGCAGUAGUGUUCAUCCCUCUAGAAAUGACUGCAGUGUGCAAGAUGGAUAUGUGAGUAACAGUUUCUAUGACAUUAGAGAAGGAUGCUGGAAAGAUCCUUCUAUGGACAAGCAUAAUGGAAUGGACAGCUUUGUAAACCAGCAAUUUCAAGAGGAAAAUUUAAAUAAAUUGCAGAAGUUACUGAUUCUUUUAAGAGGUCUGCCUGGUUCUGGGAAAACAACGUUAUCUCGGAGGAAUAAACAUGGUGUGUCUCGAAAGAAGAUUGCUCAGAUGUUGGAUCGUUAUGAAUAUCAAAUGUCCAUCUCUAUUGUAAUGAAUUCAGUGGAACCGUCACAGAAAAGCACACAAAGACCCCCUCCUCCACAGGGGAGGCAGAGAGAAAGCAUUUUGAAGAAAACUGGGUACAGACUCAGCAAAACCAAACAGAAGAGAAAAAGAAAAAGAAACAAAAAGCAUAAUAGUCUUAGUGAAAUCGUGGAUGAAAACUCAUCUGAAACUUUAAGUUAUCUUAAACUAGGAGAUCAGGUCCCAUGUCAGAGUGAAGAGGAAGAUUUAGAAGAGAACAAAAGAGAAUCAGUGUGUCCCUUCACUGGUGGCCUACAAAAUGACGUAGGAGAUUUUGUGAAUGGCUAUAAAGAAAAAAGUCAGAAAAUCAUAGAUCCUGAAGACAGUUUUCCAAAUGGUAUAUCUACAGUUGAGUUGGACAAGACACCAGAAGAAAAUGAUGACUUGUUUCUAACUUUGUCAUCAAUGCCAAAUGAAAGCUCUGUUACUUGUCCAACAGAAAUUCAAAAUCUUUUCUAUAUAACAAGGGAUGACUGCUUGGGCAUGAAGGUAGAAAAGCAUGUUGGAGAUAGGCAAAAGUUAUCAUUAGACACCCAGGACCUAUUUGCUGAUGAAACCCCAUGUUCAUUUAUGCAGCAAAGAGAAAUGGUAAAUAAAAUUCUCUCAAAUGAACCAAUUCUGUGCCAUCAACGUGGAUCCCGAACUUCAGAUAAAGUUUUAAAAGAGGAACAAGGAAUACAUACAACUAACAAUUAUUGGGCUUUUUUCACAACCAAUUUAUCUGAUGAAGAAUUACAACUAGGCUCUGAGAGACAAUCCUGUUUUGGUAACUGGCCUGAGGGACCACAUAAGUUUGUGUGUGAACAGAGACGAAAGAAAGAUAGAUCACGGAAAGUGACCCAUUCUGACAGCAGAGAGCAAUUGAUUAAAUUGAUCUCCACUUCUGAAGGAGUAUCAGAACCAGAAAGUGGUCCAGAAAUAUUGAUAGAGGAGAAGCUACUGAGAGAAAAUGAAGGUUUGUCACAUCCAACUGAAACUUUAGAUUCAUUCAUGGAAGCAAAGACAGAUAUCCUCAGCAACUGCUUAUCUCAACUGGAUAUCACCCAAAGUGCCUUACAAUCAACAACAAAUAAGGAAAGGAGGCAGAAUAGAUUUAAAUUGGUACCAACUUUAAACUUACUGGGACAGAGUCAUCUCAAUGCAAAGAAGGGGAGGAAAUGUGGCCUGUUAUCUAAAAAUUUUGGAUUGAACAUUAAUUGGGGAGAAACAAAAGAUAGAAUUUCAGAAAUAAAUAACAAAGAAGAGAAUGAGCAAAAAGUUAUGACCUUUCACCAUCAUCCAUUGUGGUUUUACCCUGAUAUUAUCAAAGAUUCACCUCUAAAUAUUGGUGGAAAUUUUUAUGCUCACACCUUAUCAUUUAGUAGACUAGGGCAUGCUAUGUAUUUUUACAAAAGCCCUAUUCCUUCUCUUGUGUUGCAUUAUAUAUCUAGUUUUUGGAUGGUAUCUUUACCAACAAAAAAACAUUUUUGACUUUCAAAUCCAAACAAUAUAGGUAAUAAGAUAAAAGAUAUAGGACUUAUUUAUUCAGACGUUUUUCAUAGGCAACCUGAUACUUCGUGCUCUUUGAGGGUUACUUCUGAAAGAUUUGGUGAAAAACUGAAGAGAUGGAGAGAAUCUAAGCCAUUACAGUAUUUACCAACUGAGGAUUUCCAAGAUGUAACAAGCACUGAUUUUAAUUCCUCGCUCCCUUUAUCAAAAAGGAUUUGCCUUCAACUAGUAAAGCUUUUUGGAUCUCCCUGGAGUUCAAUGGAAUCCUUAAUACCUGAUGACUAUGUUAUUCCCCUUGACUGGAAGACCCUGAAGAUGAUCUAUUUGCAAUGGAAGAUGUCAGUAGAGAAAAGACAGAAGAAGAUUGGUUAGAAAAAAUUCUUGAACUUGCUGCUGAAGAUCCUGAUCACUGAGAAAAGCUAGAGUGCUCAGCGCUGACCUGAAGAAUUCUUUUCAGGGAUGUACCCAUUGGAUACCAAAAGUGGUUUGGAAAAUCUGUCUAACUGUUCUUGAUAAGUUAUCUGAAAAUAAUUUAAAAACUCAACGGAAGAGGUAACAAUUUAAGCAUUUUACUAUUAAUUUUGAGGACGUUUGCCAUAUUUUUAUUUUAUAGAAGAAAAUAAGGUACAGAAAAAUUGAGAAGCUUAUUUUUAAAAUUGCAUCAAGAUUAGAAAUGUAGGCCCUGUAUCUAACUAUUGGCAUGAGAUUUCAUUUCUAGAAUUCUGAAAUCCAAAAAGCUCUAAAAACCAAGAUUGUUUCCGUUUUGUUUUUCCAAUUUUUUUAUUGUGGUAAAAUACACAAUAAUAUUUAUCCUCUUAGCCAUUUUUACAUGUAUAAUGUCCCACCAUCUCCAUCACCCAUCUCUAGAACUCUUCAUUUCAUAAUAUUGUGGUAAAAUACACAAUAAUAUUUAUCCUCUUAGCCAUUUUUACAUGUAUAAUGUCCCACCAUCUCCAUCACCCAUCUCUAGAACUCUUCAUUUCAUAAAACUGCAAUUCUGUACCCACCCAUUAAACAUUUCCCCAUUUUCUGUACGCCUAGCCCCUGGCAACACUGUUUUGUUUUUAAAAUAAGUUUAGAAUUAAAACUAUUUGGUAGCUAAGCCUGACUCAAAUUGAUUAAUUUUACUCCUGAUUUAUCACCAUGUGCUAUGUAUUUAAGUAUAUUCAUAUAUUUCACUGCAGCAAUAUUAAUGUACAUAAUUAUUAGGGGCUGUCCCUAAUAAUUAUGGGAAUAUAAAGUAAUAUGUAUUCUUAUAUAUAUUACUUCAACAAGUAAACAUAUUCUGAGUUCUGAAAUAUAUCUGACCUCCAGAUUUGAUUAGGGAUUGUGGGACCUAUAAUAUACUAAGGCUACUAUUAUUGUUUU